UCAUGAGUUUCCAGGAUGACGAGUGCGAGAGAAAGUCAAUAAAAACACUGACGGUUGUGUUAUCAAUCCUCCUUGCUAUUACUGGGCUCUGAUCAAUAUUUUUGGUGAUCUCAACAAUUAGGUUUAUUAAUAAAUUCAGAUGAAGGAAAUAAACUUUUCAGCUUGUUCCUUAUAACACUCAACUCCGCCCUUAUAUUCAAGAUGGUGUAUAUAGGAAGAAUGCUUUACGUACAUCGGCCAUACAACUGACUGGAUGAAAGGGACUGAUUCAAGAUAAUUACCUCAUUAGGUCCUAUCUGGAUGCUCUGAGCUGCUGGAAUUCUAAACAAUUGCAACUGGGCUUUAUUCUGAUUCUCUGUAAAAUACUUCGAUAAGAAAAAUACCAAGUUUUACCAAAGAGUUAAAUUUUUACUCUGUAGUUCUUUCUUUGUUAUAAUCAUCAUAAUGACAAUUGCUUAUGUCACAGCUAUGAGUAUUGGGUGAGCAAACCCAAAUCCAGUGAACCAGACCCUUCUAAAAUUCAUUGACUGGUUUGGCAUAGUCAUCCACUUCAUUGUGUGCAUCUCUUUUGUUAUUACAGGGCUAAUCUUAAAAUAAGGUUAUCAAAGAUUGGAAUGAAGAAGUUGGAAGGAAAUCACGGAACCGUAUUAUUAUUUCUAUACUGGUUCUAUCCAUCCCCUUCUUUCUCAGAGUGAUAUACUUGAUCAUUAAGCGGACAUAUAACUUGGAUCGGUUCAUUACUCUUUCAAUCAUGAAUGAUACAGUUGGAGGACCCUUAGUAAUAUUUUUCUAUAUAAUCCUUGCUGACCUAGUCCCAAUUGGCUCUCAGCUUAUCUCUUCAGUUGUGGUAGUAGAUUCUAAAGAUUUACAUCUUCAUAAGAUUUAUGACAAAUAUGUGGAGGAAUCAACGACUAUUGAGAACCAGAUUUCAAUCAAGACAAUUUCAACAUCUUCUCAAAAUGGGAGCAUAAGGGAUUCGCUGGAGAACAUCGAUGGAAAGUCCCUAGUCUUAAUUAAUCACUCCAAGGAUUCUGGUAUAAGUUUUCUAGGACCUAAUGAAGAUGAGGCUUCAACAGAUAGCUUGUACCGUGAUGAGGUCUACUAACAUCGGUACUAUCUAGAGGAUAUGAGUCAAACUUUACCCCACCAUAUUCCCAUUAAAUCUCGACUCAUAUUCAAUAAAAUUCAGGUUUCAAUCUGUUAUCAC